CCGAAGCUUAAGUCCCUUCACUUCUCAGCAUGGACUCAUGUCUCUACAACACGAAUGUUUCCAUGGUGAUACUUCCCUAAAAUGUCCAACAGUAUCGAUCAACUCGCAAAAGACUGCACUAGAGGGUUUGAAGUCCUGAAUCUACAACUGAAAAACCCGGCUGUCGCUAAUAUUGUAAAAUCUGAUGAACUUGCCCGAUUAAAGAACGGACAGAGCCGAUUCACUCGAUGGAAGAGAAAUGCUGGAGCGCACACACUUGAUCAGAAAUUACAGAACAACACACGUGUCAAGAUCCAAGCCAUCCGGCUUCUGAGCCACAUUCAGAGAUUACUUGAAGAUGCUCACGCAAUCACAGUUGGGGAUCAGGUACCCUGGGAUCAGAUAAACGACGAGGAGGAUUCACAAUCAGAAGAUGAGAGGGAAUCACUAGACAGUUCUCCAGAAACAGAGAUGGAGCAGGUUCUGGCUCAUAUAGCCAAUGCUAUUGGCAAUCUCUCGUAUCUUGGUGCGGCAUUGAGAGAACCAUUGGCUGAUGGCAGAAUCACGGAUGAAACAUCACCUUAUGAGCCCUUCGAUGUUCAGCACGUUCGCUCGAAGUACCCUGGGGUCGACGAGGUUAUAGCAGAGCGUCUUGGGAAGGACAUCUCGGCUAGGCGAAAGCUAUUCCAGGGCCAAGAUUCGACAGAGCUGAGCUCCUACCCCUCAAGAGGCCCACCAGCAGAUGAGCCAACACUGGAGACCCUCUUCAACGAGCUUGAUCUCGAAGACUUGAACUACCAGGGAAGCGAACAAGAGGAGAUCUAUGACGAGAACUCCUCCCAAACCUCGUAUAUAGCCUCGGAAGAUUUGCGAGCUCACCAAAUUCCCCCCUUGCCACAGAAAGCCGCGGAUGGGGGUCCAUUUCGAUGCCCUUUCUGCAACAAGAUGAUGAGGGGAUUGUCUACCAAAACCUGGAAAGAGCAUGUGUAUAGGGACCUGCAGCCAUACCUUUGCUUGGAACACAAUUGUUCCAUGCCUCAUCAUCGCUAUGCUCGCCGGAGGGAUUGGAUGAACCACGUUCUCCAGGAACAUUGGACAGUCUUUGUUUGUCCUUUUGGAUGUAGCCUGAAGACCACUUCAAUAUCUAAAUGCAGAGAACAUUGCCAAACACACGGGGGCGAGAAGGAGCCUUCUGAAAUCGAGGAUCUCGUCCAGUUUAGUACCGUCAACAAGACUGAGAUCCCUGAAAAGACAGCAUGCCCACUGUGUAAGUAACGCCUAAGGAGCAUGGAAUUAUACCAAAGCCACAUCAGCAAGCAUCAGAAGCAGCUUGCACUCUUUGCUAUUCCCCCGGCCUCACCAUGACAGAAGAAACGCUGUUGCAGCCCAGCAGAGAAACCGGAAUGGAUGGGUUGGACCCUACAACACAAGAAGUUGGAACCCUCAAUAAUGAGGACCUCGCUUCACUGAAUGAAGACCAGAAAGAGAGCGUAGCAAGUUCCACUUCGGGGCCCGACGAACAAUCUGGUACAUCCAUAAGAACAUCCGACUACUUUUCAAUAGGAAAGAGGGCUCGCUCGGGAGGGCACACUCAAUCGGAAUGGGAAAGCUUUGCAGGCAGCAGCAGUAACCCAGGACGACAAAGAGGCGGAGUAAGC